AUGGCUGAUAUCGAUGUUGAAGCCGUCUUGAAACAGCUCACCCUGGCCGAGAAAGUCGACCUGCUGGCAGGCAUCGACUUCUGGCACACAAAGGCUCUCCCCAAGCAUGGAGUCCCCUCCCUCCGCUUCACAGACGGCCCCAACGGCGUAAGAGGAACCAAGUUCUUCAAUGGCGUCCCUGCAGCCUGCUUCCCUUGCGGCACGUCGCUCGGUUCCACAUUCAACCAGACGCUGCUCGAAGAGGCAGGUAAAAUGAUGGGCAAAGAGGCCAUCGCCAAGAGUGCGCAUGUGAUCCUCGGCCCGACUAUCAACAUGCAACGCUCCCCUCUCGGCGGACGUGGCUUCGAGUCGAUAGGCGAAGAUCCGUUCCUGGCAGGCUUGGGAGCGGCGGCUCUCAUUCGCGGUAUUCAGAGCACCGGAGUGCAGGCCACCAUCAAGCACUUCCUGUGCAAUGAUCAAGAGGACAGGCGCAUGACGGUGCAGAGCAUCGUCACGGAGCGGGCUCUCCGUGAGAUCUACGCGCUUCCAUUCCAGCUUGCUGUGCGAGACUCCCAGCCGGGUGCGUUUAUGACGGCGUACAAUGGCAUCAACGGCGUGCCGUGCAGCGAAAACCCGAAAUACCUCGAUGGGAUGCUUCGAAAGGAAUGGGGCUGGGAUGGCCUGGUCAUGAGCGACUGGUACGGAACAUACAGCACCACCGCUGCCGCCGUGGCGGGCCUCGACAUCGAGAUGCCCGGACCUCCACGCUUCCGAGGGGAAACACUCAAAUUCAACGUCUCUAACGGAAAGCCCUUUGUCCACGUCAUUGACCAGCGGGCCAGGGAGGUUCUGAAGUUUGUGAAGAAGUGCGCUGCUUCCGGGGUGACGGAGAACGGCCCCGAGACGACAGUCAACAACACCCCUGAGACGACGGCCCUCCUCCGAAAGAUUGGUAACGAAGGCAUCGUGCUGCUCAAGAACGACAACAACGUCCUGCCCCUGAGCAAGAGCAAGAAGACGUUGAUCAUCGGUCCCAACGCCAAGCAGGCCACCUACCACGGCGGAGGCUCUGCUGCUCUUCGGGCCUACUACGCAGUCACCCCCUUUGACGGCCUCAGCAAGCAGCUCUCGACGCCGCCGUCAUACACCGUCGGCGCCUACACCCACCGCUUCCUCCCUAUUCUGGGCGAGCAGUGCCUCACACCCGACGGCGGCGGCCAGGGCAUGCGCUGGAGGGUCUUCAACCAGCCCCCAGGCACCCCCGGCCGCGAGCACAUCGACGAGCUCUUCUUCACCAAGACGGAAAUGCACCUGGUGGACUACUACCACCCCAAGGCGGCCGACACAUGGUACGCCGACAUGGAGGGCACGUACACGGCCGACGAGGAUUGCACGUACGAGCUCGGCCUCGUCGUCUGCGGCACGGCAAAGGCCUACGUGGACGACCAGCUCGUCGUCGACAACGCCACCAAACAGGUCCCCGGCGACGCCUUCUUUGGCUCUGCCACCCGCGAAGAGACGGGCCGCGUCAAGCUCGUCAAGGGUAAGACGUACAAGUUCAAGAUCGAGUUCGGCUCCGCGCCCACCUACACCCUCAAGGGCGACACCAUCGUUCCCGGCCAUGGCUCCCUUCGCGUCGGCGGCUGCAAGGUCAUUGACGACCAGGCCGAGAUCAAGAAAUCUGUCGCCCUCGCCAAGGAGCACGACCAGGUCAUCAUCUGUGCGGGCCUCAACGCUGACUGGGAGACCGAGGGCGCCGACCGCGCGAGCAUGAAGCUCCCCGGCGUGCUGGACCAGCUCAUCGCCGAGGUGGCGGCCGCGAACCCCCACACCGUCGUCGUCAUGCAGACGGGCACCCCCGAGGAGAUGCCCUGGCUCGACGCCACACCCGCCGUCAUCCAGGCCUGGUAUGGCGGCAACGAGACGGGCAAUUCCAUCGCCGACGUCGUCUUUGGCGACUACAACCCCUCGGGCAAGCUGUCCCUCAGCUUCCCCAAGCGCCUGCAGGACAACCCCGCGUUUCUCAACUUCCGCACCGAGGCCGGCCGCACGCUCUACGGCGAGGAUGUUUACGUCGGGUACAGGUACUACGAGUUUGCCGACAAGGACGUCAACUUCCCCUUCGGCCACGGCCUGUCCUACACCACUUUCGCCUUCUCCAAUCUCUCCGUGUCUCACAAUGAUGGAAAGCUGAGCGUGUCCCUCUCCGUGAAAAAUACCGGCUCCGUCCCUGGCGCACAGGUCACCCAGCUCUACGUCAAGCCCCUCCAAGCGGCCAAGAUCAACCGCCCCGUCAAGGAGCUCAAGGGCUUCGCAAAGGUCGAGCUGCAGCCUGGCGAGACGAAGACCGUGACGAUUCAGGAGCAGGAGAAGUACGUCGCCGCGUAUUUCGACGAGGAGCGGGACCAGUGGUGUGUUGAAAAGGGCGAGUACGAGAUCAUUGUUAGCGAUAGCAGUGUUGCCAAGGAGGGCGCGGCGCUAAAGGGGAAGUUUACGGUGGAGGAGACGUAUUGGUGGUCUGGGUUGUAA